GCGCGGGCGGCCCCAUGGCGACCGGCAGCGAAUGGAGGAACCGCUGCCCCGAGUACGAGCCGAGUGGGGUCAUCAGCCGCCUGGUCAGCGUGGCCUCGGUCAGCGGCCAGUGGGCAGAGCGGCUCGACCCGGCUCACCUCGCUCUCCACCCGCAAGACGAGGAGCAGACGGACGAGCAGUUGGCAGCGCAGCUCGGGCUGUCCGAGGAGACCCUGAGCGACCUGAGGCUCGUGUGCGGUGUUGAUACAUUGAACUGUUUAGAAGAGACCAAUAGAGAUGUCAUCCCGGAAGACACGGACCUUGUCACAUCGGGAAUUCGUCGAAAAGCAAUUGAAAGCCGAGAGGAACGUUUAAUUUAUGAUCGAAUUUCCAGGCAAGAGUUGUUUGAUAAUGAGCAUGAAAUGCACAUAGUUGGAAGGAAACCCAGUAAACCAGAAGACACUAUUCAACCUGGCGAACUGAUCCUUUCUGUUCAUGUCUACUUCCCGAUUAUAGCUUUUAAGCAUAAAGAAGUAAAGCCCUACCUAACCAUGCUGGUGUUGGGCAGUCAGAAACUGACUGAUCUGAGGGAUGCCAUCAAGUGCGUUAGUGAUCUUCAGAUUGGUGGAGAAUUCAGUAGUACUCCAGACCUAGCUCCUGAACAUGUCAGCAAGGAUUUAUACAAGUCUGCUUUUUUCUUCUUUGAAGAUACCUUCUAUAAUGAUAUGAGAUACCCAGAGUGCAGAAAUCUGAGCAGAACAAUCACUGAAUGGGCAGAAUCCCAUGAUCGAGGAUAUGGGAACUUUAAAAUGGCCAAGAUGGAGGACCGCACGUUCAACGAUAUGUGGAUUAAAAUUGGGUGUCCCUAUUUGUAUUGUCACCAGGGAGACUGUGAACACCUUAUCAUCAUUACAGACAUCAGACUUGCGCAUCGUGAUGACUGCCUAGAUAAAACAUUGUACCCUUGUGUAAUCAGAAAACCCUGGUUUCGGACACGAAAGUGCUCUGUCUGCAAGUUAUAUAUAGUUAGGUGGGUGACGAACAAUGAUUCUUUUGCCCCAGAUGAUCCAUCCUACUUUUGCAAUGUUUGCUUCAAGAUGCUUCACUAUGACACUGAUGGGAAUAAAAUGGGAGAAUUCUUAGCAUAUCCCUAUGUUGAUCCAGGAAUGUUUAAUUAAGAGCUAUGUUAAGAGUCUAUAUUUUAAUAUUUUCUGUUGAGUGCUGAAUUCUGAAUAUCUGUUCCAUAAUUUUAUCAGAAGCAUCUGUUUUUGGCCCUGCUUUAAAUGCAAGGCAAAAAGUGGCCACGGCAGUGUAAUUUGAGGCCGGUCAGACUAGCUUUGGAACUAGUAUCUGUCAUCAGCAAUGUUGUCAGACUUGUUGUUCACUCCCAGUUGAGCGUGUUUUUAUUGUACUGGACGGGGAAAAAACGUCUUUGGGCGGGUGCCUAAUUUUUAAUUUAAAGCGGCAAAAUGUUUUUUUUUCUGUAUGGAGACCUUUUCUUACAGUUUCAAAAACCCUUACCUAAAUUGGCCACUCUGCUAUCCAUAGUAAGCAAUGCAGACUGUUGGGCUACUGUGGGCUUUGUAUUUGGUUGACUUUGGGCUAUAAAAGUCGGAUCUUAUGGCAGUCAGUCAAAUACUGCACCAACUCCUCCACAGAUGAAACAGACAUUUCACCUGUUCUUUUGUACAAAGGUGGGUUGCUCACAUGGUAUAGAUGAGGAAUUCAGCCCUCACUCUUUGAAUUUCAAUGUUGAGAAAUAAGUACCAUGUCUUAAAAAUAUCAUCUUUUGGAGGGGUGGAGGGGGUAAAGUGCCCUCAGGCGUUGAACUGACCUCUGAGGUGAUAAUUGGGCCUGCAGUAAUCCAAGCUAUUAUUGGUUGACCAGUCUGUCUGGCUCAAUGGUGGGACUUGGAGGAGGUGCAAACAGAUCCUCGGUCCUUCAAACAUGAAUAGGUUGGAUCCCCCUGUGUUCCAGUAAAUUAACUGAUGGCUGGAUUGCAGGAUGCCUACUGUCCAGGUUAAUGCAACAUGUGCCUUCAUACUUAACCUUAUUCCCACUGUGAUAUAAGAAAUGAAUAAGUUAAAUGAAGCUGAAGAUUUUGGACAUAGUAUAACUUUUUUAAUAAAAAAACUCCCAAGAAGCUGUGGCUUCUUCAGAUAUUGGAAAGAUGGAGUUAAAUAUUGCCAUUGUUACCAACCAAACUCACGUUGCAUAAACUCAAAUGUAGGCAUUGUAGAACCAUCUAGUGGUGGUAGAUCAGUAUUACAAACCUGCUCAGUCCCCAGGUCUCACUGCCUUGGAAAAAUAGUAUAUUUAUACUGAUUCAUAGUAUAAUUUCUAAGAUUGUAAUGACAUAUUUAUCUCCACUGCUGAAAUUCAUUAAAAUUAUGUGAAAGGA